AUGGCUUUAAAUGGCCUAACCGUCACUGCGAAUGGACUCGCCACGGAGAAGCCGUUCCUGCCAAGGGUGAUCGAGUUCGUCAAAGCUCAAGCGUUGAGCGGCUCGCAGGAAGCGAAAGCCAAAGCUCGGAACGAAGACGAUGAGCCUCCAGAGCCAGAAUAUUUUCUGUACCCACCAGAUAGAUUGCGCAAGCUAUUUGGUGAGACAAGCCCGCGAAGAGUUGGCCGCGGUCUUCAAAACUUGGGAAACACCUGCUACUUUAACAGCGUUCUGCAAGCACUGACAUAUGCGGUGCCUCUGCAAAAGUAUUUUCUGACAAAGGAGCACUCCACAAGCUGCAUGGCUAAGCAGCAUGGAACUGUGUGCACAUUAUGCUUGUUUGAGCAACAUGUGCUUUCGGUUUUUGACGCCCAGAAGGGGGCGUUCAAGCCGCUGGAUCUGCUUCGCCACCUGCCACAGAUCGCCAGGAGGUUUCACUCCAGAGGGCGACAGGAGGAUGCGCAUGAAUUCUUGAUUCAUUUUUUGGAUUCGUGUCACAAGUCCUUCUUGAAGCAUGCUACUGCGGACGCAUCUGUCUCGCGAUCCGUUCAACAAACCACAGUGAUCGGCCAACUGUUCGGCGGCCAUUUGCGGUCACAGGUGCUUUGCAAGAGGUGCAAACACCCGUCCAAUACCUUCGACCCCUACAUGGACAUCAGUUUGGAGGUCCAGAAUGCAAAUACUCUUGAGAAGGCCUUGGAAGGUUUCACGCGCAGUGAAACCCUCUCGGGCGCCAACAAGUACAUGUGCAAGAAAUGUGAUCAGAAGGUGGAUGCCACCAAAAGGUUUUCCAUCCAUUCCACUCCUCCAUUGCUGACUUUUCAGCUGAAACGCUUCGACUUCUUCCACGGGCUGCGGGGAAAGCUGAAGAAGCAUGUGAAAUUCCCGAUGUCUCUGGACGUGGCGCGUUUCACAAGCCACCCAGAGCGUCAGGCUCGCUAUCGGUUGUAUGGAGUCGUAGUUCAUUGUGGGCAGUCCGCCAAAAGCGGACACUACAUCGCCUUUGCCAAGCACAACAGCACGUGGCACUGCUUCAAUGAUGAGACCGUCCGGACCGUCGGAGAGCCGGAAGUGCUGAAACAGGAGGCCCCCGUCAGAAGAGUGUGA